AUGGUCACGCCCGAGGAGUAUGAGUCGCUGCCGCCCUCCAUUCAGUGAGUUGCCUCCUCCAUCUCCGCUCCCAUUUCGAUUUUCCCGCCAUCUACAUACACCACACGCACGUGAGCAGGCCCACACGAACGCAUGCACUGUCACCGCCCAAGACAAAAGGUGCUUGCAAUGCUUUCUUCCUCUUCAGCAACCAUCGGACAAGCUGCACUCAACGUGAAACCGCCACUGCUGCUGCCAUCCGUCCACACCACGUGUCCGCGGAAUCCGUCUUGCCCCAUCUGACACAUGUGAUCCCGUGCUGAUGCAACUCGCAGAAAGAAGUAUUUCUCCUCCGUGGAGCGCUUGCGUAUCGCCCAGCAGUCCGCAGUCCAGAAGCGCAAGAAACAGCAACCUCAGCCAAAGGACCCAUGGCUCUCUCCCAGACCCUCCAUGGACUCCAUCCCAUCCUGGAAUGCUCCAAGCUCCAAGUACGCUGCCAUCCCUCCGCCCAACAAGUCCGCUUCUCUUCGCCGCAUGGAAGCCGACGUCGACGAGCAGCAGGCCCUGCGCUUUCUUUCCCUACCCGACAAGGUCAGACGCUCGCACUUCACGCCUGAGGAACUGAUGCUCUUGACCGAGAGCUCGGAGCGGGCACUGCGUUGGCCUUCCCCUCGGGCAGAGGAUGUCUCACCACGCACUUCUAUCGUGGACCGGAUGGACAGUGUGUGCUCGUCCCGCUAUCGAUCCUCCAUCUCAGACGAACUCGGUGACGAUAUCGAAAAGGACUGGUCGGAGUCGGAGACGGGCUCCAUCAAUAGCGCUGAACAUCAUGGAAAUGAUGCCGCUUUUGUGCAAGCGUCUCCGCGACGCCAGAGCUCCGCUAGCUCGGCUUUUAGCGCACCACCACAAGCAUUGCCACGAAGUGGAAGUGAGACACUUGGGACCAGACGGAAACCAUCAUUCGCCAAACGACGAGCAUUCUCGCUCGCUCCCAUUCCACUGCCACCGCCGACUCUUCGACCAGCUGGCUCGUAUGCCCACUCCAACGUCGCCCCUGAGAGCCUGUCCCAGGCGCUACCAUCUGCAGGAACGACACCGAUAGAGAAUGCACCUUUCACCAGAUACUACAAGGAUUCGCAAGCCAGACAGAAGCUUCGCGAGUAUCUGGCUUCUCCUGAGAAAUUCGACGAGGCACUCGAGUUUGGCUUUCCGACAGAAGCUGGCGCGGCGAAACGGGCGGCGUCUCAUUCUCCCUAUCCAGAAGACCCUCCAUCAGCGGAUAUGGACAAUGUGUCUCUCGGCGACAGCAGAGCGGACGAAGAGGACGGCUCGGCGGUGUCACCGAAGACGCCAUCCACGAACAACGAAACGUUCGCCCAGGGCAUGACCUACCACUCUUCCCUCGAUUCGGGCGUAGCAAUUCCUGUCAACAUUGGCAAGAGAAACACUCGAAGCCUAUCACCGGAUAUCAAUGGACGAGAGAUGACACUUCGCAUGACCCUCACGAGACCAGACCUCCGAGCACCUGAGCAGGAGCUGUACGCACAUCAGAGGAAGGAAGUAUCGGGAGUCGACGUCGAGACUUCUGAUCCACUCGCGCUCUCCACUCUCUCAGUCUGCGAUGACCACACGGGUGCGCACGGAGCUUUUGCGAUCAAGACUCAGCCCGGCUCAGGGGGCCUCAGAAAAGCGUGGAAGAACAUUCGUGGGCGAUAG